UGUGUUUCACGUCUCUCUCUCUCUCUCUCUCUCUCUCACGCACACAAAAUCUCUGUUUUCUUCCGAUGGCAAAGCUCUCUCCUUUCCCCUUCCUUACAUUUCCGACAGCCUUCUUCGCCUUCCUUGUCUACUCCUGUUCCUCUUCCUCCUUCUCCUGCUCGGCGGCGGAGGCCUCUGAAGCUACCACCGUCCACGACCUCCUCCUGAACCACGGCCUCCCUGGCGGGCUCAUACCCAAGGACGUCGAAUCCUUCUCCCACGACGCCACGUCCGGCCUCCUCGAGUUCCGCCUCUACCGCCCCUGCUACGCCCAAUACUACGACGGUCUCGCCUACUUCGAUAGCGAGGUGCGGGGCAACCUCAGCUACGGUGCACUGCGCGGGGUGGUCGGGUGGUCACAGGAGGAGCUAUUCCUGUGGCUCCCGGUCAAGGGGAUCGUGAUCACCGAUCCGUCCUCUGGCGUCAUUCUCUUCGACAUCGGGGUCGCGCGCAAGCGCCUCGCUGUCUCGGCCUUCGAGGUGCCUCCGGAUUGCCACCCGGUAGCGGAACAAGCGGCCGCCAGAAUAGGUGAGUCCGCGAGAUCGAAAACGAAGCGAUCUUGGUGGCCGGCGGUUCGUUUCUUGCUGGAUUAGGAUUCGAUUUCGGUGACCGUUUCGAAUGCGAAUGAGUCAUUGGGAAGAUCUGGAGGAAUUCUUCAUCAGAGAUAAAUAUCAGAAGAAGAAAAAAAACAGUACUCCAAAAUUUCCCUUUCAGCAUUCAACAUUCAUUUCUCUUCUAAGUUUAUCAUGUACUGUAAAUGCAAUAAUGUUCUUUAAACCAUUUCAUGGCCUUUUCUUCAUCUCUUCAAUCGAUCAAUCAAUAAAGGGGGAAAAAAAGGAAUAGUAAUA